CACGAAAGAGUAUCGGAGAUGUAUAAAAAGGCAGUACCUGUACUCGAACAAAGGUAAGAAAGAGGGGAAGAGACAGAGCUCGGACCAGAUAUCCCCUUGACAAGGCGGAUUCCUCGCCGGAACUUCGAUUCCCGACGAAUAUUUCGGCGAGGUCACGGCAAUAUGAAAGGUCAUCAACAGUACUGUAACCAUAAUAAAUCAGAGGAGAAGGUGAAGAAGCAGAAGAGGCGAUUGAUGAAGUACGGAGACUUGCCGGAGUACUUGAAGGAUAACGAAUACAUAUUGGAUUAUUACAGAUGCGAGUGGCCAUUGAAGGAUGCCUUCCUCAGCAUCUUCUCUUGGCACAACGAAACCCUCAAUGUCUGGACGCAUUUGGUCGGAUUCUCGAUAUUCGCGGCGUUAACGGUGAUGAGCUUGACGGAGGACGGCGGCGGGUUGAUCAGCAAUUUCUCCAGAAAGCAGGUUUCGUCGCUGAUGAUGACGACGACGACGAUGAAGAAUGACACGAACGUCUCUGAUCAUCAUGAUGUGUUUCCGGAUUCACAUUUGAGAUUACAGCUAGCAGUGUUGCAUGUUCAUGAAGAUGGUUCUGAUGGUGGUAUAGCAAGAUGGCCAUGGUUUGUUUUCUUAGGUGGGGCGAUGGGGUGCUUGAUUUGCAGCUCCCUCUCUCACCUCUUCGCUUGCCAUUCUAAGCGUUUCAACCUCUUCUUCUGGCGGCUUGAUUAUGCAGGAAUCUCACUUAUGAUAGUUUCUUCAUUCUUUGCCCCAAUUUACUAUGCCUUCUCCUGCCACCCCAACACGCGACUCUUUUAUCUCACGUCCAUAUCUGUGCUCGGAGUCCUUGCUAUCAUUGCCCUCCUUGUGCCAGCUCUUUCUGCUCCCAGUUUCCGAGGGUUCCGGGCCUCCUUGUUCCUCUCCAUGGGAUUCUCAGGGGUUAUCCCAGCAUCACAUGCUGUUGCCCUUCAUUGGGGGCAUCUGCACAUAUUUGUAUCCCUCGGUUAUGAACUCGCAAUGGCCAUUUUUUAUGCCGUGGGAGCCGUGUUUUAUGUUAGUAGAAUACCUGAACGAUGGAAGCCUGGUGCAUUCGAUAUUGCAGGACACAGCCAUCAAAUUUUCCAUGUCUUUGUUGUUUUAGGGGCUCUUGCCCAUAGUGCUGCCACUCUUGUUAUUCUGGAUUUUCGACAGGGAUCACCAGCAUGUGUAUGUUAGUUAUACUCUGGGGGAGGGUAUGUUCCUCCCAGCUUGCUUUGUACCACUAGAAAUAAUUAUAUGCAGUUUUAUUGAAGUGGAGAUAUCCUGUUACUAUACUUUGAAAUCUCAGAAAUACUUGAUUUCUCUUCAGACCAUCUAAGAACCCACCAAUUAACCUAGCAUGGACUAGUUGUAUACAAGUAUGGAGCAAUGAGUGCUAGUUUCCAUUCCAGAAUUCCUCAAUGGUGAGGGUACCGAUGAAUCACUCAACAAAUCCUUUCUGGUGGUAUAUUUCAUCAGUGGUAGAGUUGCGUGGGUGUAACCUAGAGGUCACGUGUUUAUUUCCCUCUCAAUAGUUGCCUUUCAAAGGCCGGAUUGCGAGUUCCCGGGAACAGCCUCUCCACAUAUUUGUGGGGUAAAGUAUGCGUACAUCUUGUAUGUUCCCGGACUGUUGCCGGAGCCUUGUGCACGAUUGUUAAGAAAUACAGCAUAUGAACAAAUUCUUCUGUCUCAAUGCAGCAAAAGCAAACUGUAUCAAUAACUAUUCAGAUGCCUAAUUUACUGUCAGUAAUGUCUCAUUUCUUGUAAUGAACUGUCCCAGUCAUCUCCUCCUCCAGGGACUCAAAGUUCAUUACCAUUUCUCUUGUUUCCUAAGAGCGAGGAGGAGAAAGUUCAUUACCAUUUCUCUUGCAGGUCUCAAAGAAAAACUUCUGGUAUUAUUCACUCCAUUGACAUUCAUUCUCGGAAGCACACUUGUCUGGCUGGAGGCUCCUCAGGUAUAGUCUUUUUGUGUGGGAUCUACGGUGGCAAAAGGAGCCAAUUGUUCCGUGUGGUGCGGGUGAGGCUGCUAGCCUGCUACUCAUUCUCUGUCUGAAAGUGAGGUGUGGGAGGUUCACUUUGACUCAAACAUUAGCAGCUUCACAUCCCAACAAAUCUUACCAGCUAUGAUCUGCUCAGAAGAUGGUAUUCUUGCUGUUGUUGAACAAGGUGAGGAACCUAUCGAGCUCUUAGCUGAACCUUGUGCCAAUCAAUAGCUUUGACAUUGACUGGCACAAUCCUUCGGAUAUCAUUUGUAGUUUGGAGUGGGAAUCUAUAGAAAUCUUGACAAGGUCAUAAAAGUCUUAUGGACAUGAAGGAUUCAAAGUUCAAAAAUAAUUGAUUGGCUUAUGGCCUUAUAGGUAUGACUGAUCUCUACAGUUGUCCUUGAUGAACCGGGCUUCAAGAACUGGUAUGGGUGUUGGCACCUUUCCUGCAAGAAGCUGGAUCAAGGGUGAUUAUGAUAACAUGAUUGGUGCCAUCCCAUGUUUGAAAGUAAACAGAAACGCGAAGUAGAGAUGAUGUAUAACUUCAAGGGAGGACCCCAUCGAUUCGUCUUUUGAUAUAUAUUGAGGUGGGCUUACUAUUUAGAUGUUUUCAGCGGUUAUCCGCUCCGCACUUGGCUACCCAUAUUUUUUUUCUUCACUUCAUUACAUUCAAUCCAAGUGACCUUGAUUGUUGUUUUCUA